GUGGCGAUUUGGGAGGAAUAACGCUUCAAAUUCUCAGUGCGCUUUAUCCGAAGUCGGUGCUAGGAUAUCACACCAAUUUCCCCGUAGUAUACACUUUGAAAAGUUAUAUUAAACCGAUUUUAGGAGUGUUAUAUCCGUCCUGGAUUGUAAAGCCCGAACACUACGAGAGGGUUUACCCUCUUAAAGAUCGUGGCUUGUUUAUAUUCCGUGAAAGUGGAUAUUUUCAUUUGCAAAGUACAAAACCAGAUUCACUAGGAGUUGCAAUGGAUAACUCACCCGAAGGUAUGGCGGCGUAUUUCCUAGAGAAAUUUAUCACAGGUUCCAAUUUCACCUACAUCAACAAAUUUAGUUCUAAAGAUCUAAAAGAGAAAUUUAGUUUUACUGGUCUCAUCGAUAAUCUUAUGCUCUAUUGGGUCACUCAAACAGCCUCAUCAUCUUUUAGAAUGUACUUCGAAUCAUUUGAGGAUGGCUUUUGGACUGACAGUAUAGCUUUAAUGAGGAAGAUAAAAGAAAUAACUGGAGAAAAUAAAAAUAAUACACUAACAUCAAUCAAAAACAGACAAGGAACAACAAUUCUAGAUAUAAACGAACUGAAUGAUACAUGGAAGAAUUACGCGGAGGCACUGUUUUGGGAUCAACGUACCCAUAAACCUGCAAACAACUUUGGAAAUAUGGAAGGUCCAAAAAUUCUUGAGUCUGAAGUCAGAUACUCAAUAGAUUGUUUAAAGAACAGAAAAGUCCAGGUCAUGAUGAUAUAUAUGCUUGAAGUUCUAAAGCAGACCGACAUUAAACAGCUCACAUAUCUCUUUAACGUGAUAUAUGAUUCGGACAAAUCCCACAGGACUGGCCAAAGUCCACGUUUAUCGCCAUCCCAAAGAAAACAAAUCCAAAACUGCGGAGACCAUAGACUCCAUAAGCUUUCUAAUGAGUCACGCACUUAA